GAAGAAUAAUAGAGAAAAAUGAAGCACUAUGUGCUAGUUCACGGUGGCUGCCAUGGCGCGUGGUGCUGGUACAAGGUCAAGCCAGUGCUGGAAGCUUCAGGACACCGUGUGACUGUUGUGGAUCUGACUGCUUCUGGUGUCAACAUGAGCAGAGUGGGAGAGAUUCAGUCUCUUGAGGAUUACACCAAACCAUUGCUUAAGGUUCUUGAGUCGUUUGGCUCAGAUGAUAAGGCCAUCCUAGUCGCGCAUAGCCUUGGAGGACCAUCGGUUGGUCUUGCAGCAGACAUGUUUCCUAGUAAGAUCUCUGUUGCUGUUUUUGUUACGUCCUUCAUGCCGGACAUAACAAAUCCACCUUCUUACCCUUUCGAAAAGUAUCUGGAGAGUAUUACGGAAGAAGAAAGUUCAAACAUGGAGUUUAGGACAUACGGAACACAUGAACUUCCUCUAACGUCUGUACUUCUUGGAACCAAGUUUUUGGCCAAGUACAUGUACCAACAUUCACCUAUACAAGAUUUUGAACUGGCGAAAAUGUUGGUGAGAGUUGGACCGGCGGUUACCAGUAAUCUGACGGGGGCAAAAAGCUUAACCAAAGAAGGGUAUGGUUCGGUUACUCGUGUGUAUGUUAUAUGUGGGGAGGACAAGGCUUUAACCAAAGAAUUUCAGCAAUGGAUUAUUGAGAAUUUUCCGGUUAAAGAGGUGAUGGAGAUCAAAGAUGCAGACCAUAUGCCAAUGUUCUCCAAGCCACUUGAGCUCUGUGACCGUCUACUUAAAAUUGCUGAUAAAUAUGCUUAA